ACACAGUUGCCCGUCUCCCUUGUCACCCUCAUCGUCCAUCUCACUUCUUGCGCCUCUCUCCUGUUCGGCCUCCAUUGAACAAAAUACAGAGUACAUGUUUACCGAGAAACCCUAGUAGCUGCGGCGCUGCUCAAAUUUCUCAAAGAAAGAAGAUUGGUGAACAGAGAAGCCGAAUCGGCGCUCACAGAUUCGGUGAUUUCCGAAGUUGCUGGAAAAUUUGUUCUUCCAAAAAGCUAGAAAUCCUCUAAAAUCAUUCCAAACAAUUCAAAAUCAUCUCCCAGAUAUUCUUCUGUAUUGUUAUAAAUAAGCUCAAAUCAUCUCCCAACUACCCUUUGUCUGGUGCGGCUAGCAGAACACAGGUCGACGAUAAUGGGGAUUUUUGAACCAUUUAGAGCUAUUGGAUACAUCACGACCAACGUUCCAUUCUCAGUACAGAGACUUGGCACCGAGACAUUUGUCACUGUUAGCAUUGGCAAGGCUUUCCAGAUUUACAACUGCGCUAAGCUCAAUUUGGUUCUUGUCGGCCCUCAAUUACCAAAGAAGAUAAGAGCUCUUGCUUCUUACCGAGACUACACUUUUGCUGCCUAUGGAAAUGAUAUUGCAGUUGUGAAGCGUGCUCAUCAGGUGGCUACUUGGAGCAGGCACACUGCUAAGGUUAACCAUUUGCUACUUUUCGGUGACCACAUAUUAAGUGUUGAUGUUGAAGGAAAUAUCUUCACAUGGAACUUCAAAGGAAUAAGUGAAAACCUUGCUCCCGUUGGACACAUUUCGCUAGGAGAUAAUUUCACGCCAAGCUGCAUAAUGCAUCCAGAUACAUAUUUAAAUAAGGUCAUUGUUGGAAGUCAAGAAGGUACACUGGAACUUUGGAACAUUAGCACAAAUAAAAAACUGUAUGAGUUCACUAGGUGGAAGUCUUCUAUAAAUUGCUGCAUUUCAUCUCCAGCGCUAGACGUUGUUGCUGUGGGUUGUGCUGAUGGAAAAAUUCAUGUUCAUAAUAUUCGAUAUGACAAAGAAGUCGUUACAUUUACUCAUUCUGCCUGGGGUGCUGUUACUUCAUUAUCUUUUAGCACUGACGGGCAACCCCUUUUAGCAUCUGGAGGCUCAUCUGGUGUGAUUAGUAUAUGGAAUCUUGAGAAGAGAAGGUUACAGUCUGUAAUCAGGGAGGCCCAUGAUUGCUCUGUAAUCUCUCUUCAUUUUUUUGCUAACGAGCCCGUGCUUCUGAGUUCAUCAUCUGAUAAUUCAAUAAAAAUGUGGAUUUUUGACACAACUGAUGGUGACCCCCGUUUACUGCGUUUCAGAAGUGGUCACAGUGCUCCCCCUUCGUGUAUCAAGUACUAUGCCAAUGGGCGACACAUUCUAUCUGCUGGUCAAGAUCGAGCCUUCCGUCUCUUCUCUGUUGUUCAAGACCAGCAGAGCAGAGAGCUCUCUCAGAAAAAUGUGUCUAAAAGAGCAAAAAAACUCAAGCUGAAGGAGGAGGAUAUAAAAUUAAAGCCUGUUAUUGCAUUUGAUGUUGCUGAAAUUAGGGAACGUGAUUGGUGCAAUGUUGUUACGUGUCACAUGGACACCGCUAAAGCAUAUGUAUGGAGGCUUCAAAAUUUUGUCCUUGGGGAACAUAUCCUUAGUCCGUGCCCGGAAAAUCCAACACCAGUCAAAGCAUGCGCCAUAAGUGCAUGUGGCAAUUUUGCAGUUAUAGGGACAUCAGGUGGUUGGAUUGAGCGAUUUAAUCUUCAAUCUGGAAUCAGUCGUGGCAGUUAUGGCGACACCAUUUUGCAAGGGAAAAAUCAUUAUGCUCAUGAUGGAGAAGUGAUUGGCAUAGCCUGUGAUUCCACAAAUACCCUUAUGAUAAGUGCAGGAUACCACGGGGAUGUGAAAAUAUGGGACUUCAAAGGGAAGGGGUUGAAGUCUAGAUUGGACAUUGACUGCUCUCUAGUAAAGAUUGUUUAUCAUCGAUCCAAUGGUCUUUUAGCGACUGCGGCAGAUGACUUAGUUAUCCGUGUGUUUGAUGCUGUCGCAUUGAGGAUGGUUAGAAAAUUUCAGGGGCAUGCAGAUCGCAUUACAGACAUGUGCUUUAGUGAGGACGGGAAAUGGCUAUUGACCUCUAGCAUGGAUGAGACUCUUAGAAUUUGGGAUGUUAUUUUAGCUAGACAGAUUGAUGCCAUACAAGUUGAUAUCUCUAUAACUGCUUUAUCUCUAUCGCCUAACAUGGAUGUCCUAGCCACCACACAUGUUGAUCAAAACGGUAUCUAUCUAUGGGUCAAUCAGGCCAUGUUCUCCAGUGCUUCUAAUUUUGAAUCUUAUGGAAGUGGGAAAGAAAUUGUGAGUGUGAAGAUGCCAUCAGUUUCAUCAGAAGAAACUCUUCAAGAUAAUGAUGACAAAGCCACUGUAAUAAAGCCUCAAGAGGUUCUUGAUUCUUCUCAAAUUGUACCUACUUUGGAGCAGCAAAUUCCAGGUCUAGUCACGCUCUCACUAUUGCCAAAGAGUCAGUGGCAGAGUUUGAUCAAUUUAGACAUAAUAAAGGAGCGGAACAAACCGAUUGAGCCUCCGAAGAAACCGGAGAAAGCUCCUUUCUUCUUACCUUCAAUUCCCUCCCUCUCUGGUGAAAUUUUAUUUAAACCCAGUGAAGAAGUUGGCGAUGAGAAGAAUUCACAAGAUGGCGAAAAGGGAGAGAACCGGAGAAAACCGAAUCUUCCUGUCUCUAAAUUCUUGCAUGUCCUCCAGUCAUCUGCGGAGAGUCAAAAUUUUGAAGCAUUCACUGAUUAUAUUAAAAGCGUGUCCCCAUCAGCACUGGACAUGGAAAUGCGAGUGCUUCAACUUAUCGACGACGACGAUGAUCAAGAUAUUGUGAUGGACAGACAGGAAUUGUACUUCAUUGAAUUGCUUCUGGAUUACUUCAUACACGAGACCACAUGCAGGAACAACUUUGAGUUUGUGCAGGCUCUCAUUAGACUGUUUUUGAAGAUUCAUGGUGAAGCAAUCAGGCAGCAGCCGAAGCUGCAGGAAAAGGCUCAGAAGCUUCUAGAAAUCCAGUCGGGCGUUUGGCGGAGAGUGGACAAGUUGUUCCAGAGUAGCAGAUGCAUGGUGGCAUUCCUUAGUAAUUCACAAUUUUGAUGGUCUACUGUAAGUCUUUCCCUUGGUUUUUAGGUAAUGGUGUGUUUGGAAAUUGAAUUUGUUUCACUAGAACGAGCAAGCCAGAGUUCAAACAGAAAAAAAUCGAAGUAAAUUUAGUGCAUAUUUCACUAAUUUCAGGCUGCAAUGCAACGGGUCUACCCCUCUCGUGUUUCCAACAACUUCUUAUUCCUUUCCUAAUGAAUUUUUCUUCAUAAA